AUGGCUGCUAUGGCUUUACCGAUGGAGAACGCUGCUACAAUGGCUCCUCAGCAAAAUGGGAUCAGUGCCGAUGAGAUUGCACUCUACGACAGACAGAUUCGGCUCUGGGGUGUCAAGGCCCAAGAGAGAAUACGCAAUGCGAAUAUCCUCUUGGUCACGCUCAAGGCCCUGGGCAACGAGAUCGCCAAAAACCUCGUCCUCGCUGGUAUUGGAAGCCUCACAGUAGUCGACGAUGGCAUCGUGCGAGAGGAAGACCUCGGGGCCCAGUUUCUCAUUACAGAAGAGAACCUGAACCAGCCCAGGGUUGAAGCAGCUGCGCCGCAGAUACAGCAAUUGAAUCCCAGAGUCAAACUCCAUACAGAUACAUCAAGCAUCAAGUCGAAACCCCCGCUGUAUUUCGAGCAGUUCGAUCUCGUUAUAGCAACCGAUCUAGAUUUUGAAACCUUCUCAACGAUAAAUGCUGCAUGCCGCGUAGCAAAUCGUCCAUCCUAUGUAGCCGGCGUCCACGGCUUUUAUGGGUUCAUCUUUGCCGACCUAAUAAGUCACACAUUUGUUAUCGAGCGAGAAAAGUCAAACGUAACUCCGCAGACAAACGAGACGCCAACACGGAUGGUAUUGGGCGUUACCACAAAGGUUGAAAAUGACAAGGUCAUCGAGAUGGUUACGAAGAGAGAAUCCUACACGCCUUUAUUAUUGGCAAACACUUCACCACUCCCUGAAGAGUUCACGCGGCUACCGCGGAAACGAAAACAAGUCACUCCCUUACUGACCUGUCUCCGAGCCUUGUGGGACUUUGAACGCCAACACGGCGUCCCUCCAUCCUUCUCGCGGCAGGACCUAGAGAAUUACACCCGCUUAGCGAAUGAACGUCAUCUGGAGCUCCAAUUAGACCCGUCGACACUCACGGCAUCAUUCCUACGAUCGUUCCUUCAAAAUGUCGGUAGCGAGAUAAACCCAGUUGCUGCCUUCUUGGGUGGCAGCCUGGCACAGGAUGCUAUAAACGUGUUGAGCGCAAGAGAGCAGCCCCUGCAGAACUUUUUGAUUUUUGACUCGGAAAAGAGCGUGGCGCCUGUUUAUUCUUUGCAUCCAUUCUUCCCAGAUACUACUAAUGGCCUGUGA